AUGCGUGCUCACGAUGCCAUGCAGAGCGAGGAGGCCAACGACGCCGCGUGGGAGGCUGCCAAAGGAGCUGUCAUGGGCGCAGCCAAGUGGGGAGCUGGUGCUGCCGUCCUGGGGGCUGCUGGCUACGUCUGGUCGCCGUUAUAUCGGUCCAUGACGAUUCAAUUCAAGGUGUAUCUACAAAUGUGCGGCAUGGUGGUGGGAAGCAUGAUCGAGGCAGAUGGGCGUCUCAGGCAGUAUGAGCAUCAGGUGAGGAUGCAGAGGAGGUUGAUGCGAGAAAGGGCCAAGUGGGAGAGGUAUGAGGAGGAAUUCAUCAAGGGAGACGAGAAGUGA